AUGAAAGAAGCACGGGAAUUACCGUAUUUUGAAUUUCUAGAUUCUGAUCCUGUUUCCCUUCGAGUUGCUCAAACGGGACGUUCGUUUAGGAUCCAUCGAACGCUGCUCCACGCAAAGUCCCUACCAUUGUUUGCAGCCUUGGACAGUAAUCUCAAGGAAGGCCAGAGCGGCGUGUAUGUAUUUGAAGACGUGGCAGAGGGUACAAUUGCGCGAUUUAUUGAAUGGGCAUACCGAGGCGAUUAUCCUGCCACAGUCAGCGGAACGAACAUUGGACAGACUCCAAUUUUGCUGGAAGGCACGGAGACGGAUAUUGACGAGAAGCCUGAAAACACAACUCCCGAAACCAACUUCACGUCAGAGAACCACCCCCUUCUUGUCCAUAUCCGUCUAUACAUAUUCUCUGAGACUUACCUUGUUCCCGAUCUUCAACAGCUGGCUUAUGAAAAGUUGACUGCUUGCUUAACGGACUUGGACAAACCGAACAGUCUCGACACUCAACUCGCAGUAAUUGAUGCUUUACGGCUCUCCUUUCCCAGGCUCCCGCAACAUGAUAAAUUGUUAGACUGGUUGGCUCAGUACGCUGCAUAUUGCUUAGACAAGCUCCGGGUACAGGGCCCGUUUCAUAAUCUCCUUAAAGAGUUCCCGACCUUGAGCUCCCGCAUGAUACUGUCUCUGGGACCAGCAUCGUCUCCACCAUGGCGGACUACACAACCAAAAUACCCAUUUGUCCAAUACUCUGCUUAA